AUGAUAUCAAUAUCAAUUCAAUUCAAGAUAAUUUAUGUGAUCCGAGAGAGAAAAUCAUCUUACCCUUCGGAUUUGUUUGGCUUAUCUGAUGGUCGUGAUGGUGAUGGAACGAUGCCAGCAUUGGAAGAGUUUUGUAGAGGAGUAGAUGAAUUGGUGCUUGGUUUUACUGAGGAUGAGCCUAGGGCGGGUGUUAUCGAUGAUGAUGAUGAUCCCGCUGGGGUCGGGGCGUUUGACGAGGUAUUUGUUGAUGGUCUUGAUAAUUCCGAUCCCGAUGCAGAUGAGGUAGUAGGAGUAGUUGUUGAUGACAAUGAUUCUACUGACGAUCGGUGGGUAGGGGGUGUUACUGACGAUGGUAUCCCCACUGGAGAUGAGGUGGGUGAAGAUGUUAAUCCCAAUGAAGAUCCGGUAGUGGGCGUCAGUGAUGAUGGUAGUUGCACUGAAGAUGGGCCAGUGGAAGGUGUUGUUGAUAACGUUGCUCCCAAUGGAGAUGCGGUAGCCGGAGGUAUUGUUGAUGAUGAUGAUACCAGCGGAGAAGCCGCGGUAGGAGGCGUUGAAGAUGAUGAUAAUCCCACUGGAGAUACGUCGGUGGAUGGGGUUGUUGAUGAUAAUGACCCUACCAGAGACGAGGUGUUCGAAGAUGGUGGUGCCAAUGGAGUAGAGGUAGUUGCAGAUGUUGUUGUUGAUUCGGCUCUCAAUGGAGAUAGGGUACUAGGAGGUUCUGAUGAUGACGGUUCCACCAGAGAUGGAUCCGCGGAAGGUGUUGGUGACGAUAUUCUCCCGACCGGAGACGAGGUAGUUGAAGAUGCUGGUCCCGAUGGAGAUGAAACGGUAUUGCGCGUUGAAGUUGAUGAGGAUUGCACUGGAGAUAUGUCUGUGGAAGUAUUCGAAGAUGUUGAUCCCAAUUUAGAUGAGGUAUUAGGAGGUGUUGAAGGUAACAGGCCCACUGGAGGUGACGUAGGUGCAGGUACUGAUCUCAAUGAAGACGAGGUAGGUGAAGAUACUGAUCCCAAUGGAGACGAGGUAGCUGUAGAUGCUGUUCUCAAUGGAGACGAGGUAGCUGCAGAUGCUGAUCUCAAUGGAGACGAGGUAGGUGAAGAUGCUGACCUCAAUGGGGAUGAGGUAGUUGAAGAUGCUGAUCUCAAUGGAGACGAGGUAGGUGGAGAUGCUUUUGAUGAUGCUGACCCCAAGAUAGACGAGGCAUUGGGAGGCGGUGGGAGUGAUGUGGGACGUGUUGUUGGUGAUGUCGAAGAUGCCACUGGAGACGAGGUAGUCGAGGCUGUCCUUGAUGACCCUGAUCCCAAUGAAGAUGCGGUAGCAGGACGCGUUUUUGAUGAUGAUGGCCGCGCUGGAGACGAGGUAAUUGGAGCUGUCGUUGAUGACCCUGAUCCCAAUCGAGAUGAGGGAGGACGCGUUGGUGAUAGUGAUGACCCCGCUAAGGACGAGUUAAUGGAAGAUGCUGAUCUCAAUGGAAACGAAGUGUUUGGAGAUGCUGUUGAUAAUUCUGAUACCAAUGGAGACGAGCGAGUAGGACGUGUUGAUGGGUCUUUGGAAGGUAUUGAGGAUUUUGAUGUCACCACUGAAGAGGAGUUCCUUGAAGAUGCCGAUCUCCCUGGAGCCGAAGUAGUAGGUGACGUUGAUGAAGAAGAAGAUGAAGGAUUGGCAAGAGGUGUUGAUGUUAAUUUCUCUGGAAGAGAGCCUGUUAAUAAAGAUGACAAUAGUUCACCCGGAAGAGAACUUGGUGAUAAUAUCCUGUCAAGGAAAGUAGUUAAUGAUGAUUUCUUGUCAGGAGAAGAGCUUGAUGAUGAUGUCAAAUCCUCAAGAGGAAAUGGUGAUAACAAAGAAGAGCAGGGAGUAUUAGGAAGAGGGCUGAUUGUGAAUGUUGGCUUCUCAGGGAGAAAGCUAGAUGCCGUUGAUGGAUCUGUUGAAUCAGUUGAUGGAUGA